AUCAUUUUAUUGCGUCAAAGUUUUUAUCAUUUUAUGUAUAUUUUUAGAUUACUAGUACCUUUCUCUCUCACUCCCGCUCUAACCAAAAAUCUGUGUUGAUUGAUGCAACCUACUUUUUUUUUUUCUUUCUUCUUUUUUCUCAAUCUCGUUUAUUACCAUAAACCCUAAAAAUUCCACCACCGCACCACAAUAAUUCUACACCCCCUUUUCCAACUUUUCACACCUCCAAAUUCUCCAACUUUUCUUCAUUCUUCUCGCAGUCUUUCCACUUUUCAAGCUUCAAUCUGCAUUGGAGAAGCUUAAUUUAAGAUUCUCUCCUUCAAUUUUCAGCUUCAGUGUUCAUUUUCACUUCAAAAAAAAGUGUUACUGUGUUUGGAAUGUUUUGAAUGGCCCAAAAGUGUUGAGUCUUGUUUAAGGAAGUAGAAAUGAUGAAGGAGAGGUUUGGUUUGAUGAAUGGUGGUGAAAGGGUUUGUGAGAAUGGUUUUAAGGAGGAAGAUGAGAGUAUUGGUGAUCAUAUACUUGAGGAAAUGGAGUCGUUUUUUGUUGAUAUCGAUGAGCGGUUGAUUAUCUCUAGGAUGGUGAGUGACUCUGUCAUAAAGGGUAUGGUUAAUGCUGUUGAGGAACAGGCAGCUGAGAGAAUUGCUCAGAAAGAAUCUGAAGUGGUUGGAUUGAAGAAAAUGAUGAAUAGUUUAUGUGUUGGUUCGGAUGAAACUAAAAUGCUUUGGUCUUCGUUGUGUUGUAAUGAACCCCGUGAAGAUGUUACACGACGUUUUUUAGAUAGUGUUGUGGGGAAAGAUAGAGUUAGGAAGCCUUUGGAUAGUCUUAAGUUUGAGGUACAUGAGCAGUUGAAUCAGCUCAAAAAAGAAAUAAAUAAAAUUAGAGGUCCUGGUUCGAUUAGAAGAUUUAGUUCGGGUUCUGAUUUGCUAGGUUUAGGUGGUAUUCUGCAGGAGAAUGUGCCCGAAAGAUGGAUCUAUGUCGAUAAAGCUUUUGAAAGUCUGAAAGAUACUAUGGACUAUUUCUGCAGAAAGAUGGAAAUUACGGAUAAGUUAUCAAAGUCAAUAGAACUUUCGCAGUGGCAGGAGGAGCAGGAGUUUCGGUUGGAAAUUGAGCUGAUGGUGAUCCGCAAUUGUAUCAAGAGUUUGCAGCAGAAGUUUGAACAAAAGCUACAUGACAUCUGCGAAUCUGAAACUAGAAAUAGUUUUAACCAAUAUAAAGAGGUCUCCAGUUUGCGUCAGGAUUUGGAUUCAAUUUUUAGAACACUAUCUGUUUUUGAAACUGGAACUCUUAUUUCUCAUGGAUCCUUGGAGAAUACUGAUGAUUGGUGUCAUAAUAAGAGGGCAGAACAUUUCCACUUGAAGCUUUCAACGGAUCAUUUACCGGUUUCGACUUUGGAACAAAACGGAAAGCAUGAAGAUUCAAAGAUUAGCAAGCCUGAUAAUUUGGAUUCUGCCUCACUUAAGGACAUGUCUAAAGAUGAUUUGAUUACUUAUAUAACUAAGAUGAGAAGAAACCAUGAAUCUCAAGUGCAAGAGAAGACUGAAGAAAACUUUUGUCUUAGGCGGGAACUAUUGAAUUUGAAAGAAAGAGGUUCUUCCUUUUCAUUGAAGAAGGAUAAGGACUUUGAUUUGUUGAAGAAAAAAAUCCCCGACGUUGUCUCAAAAUUGAAUGAAAUCCUUGAUGGAAAUGAGAAAUUGCGUCAAUUCAGUGAAAACAUUGAAUCUCUUAGCAGUUUCAAAGAUAGAUUGGAUUUCUUACAAUCUGAGAAUCACGAACUGAAAGACAUUCUAACCAAUAAGGAGAAGGAACUUAAGAGUUUAUCUUCUCAGCUUUCUGUUGCUAUGGAAAAACUGUCACAACAACAGUUGAUUGAAGAAAAUUUGUUACGAACUGUUCAGAAGCUUGAGGAUGAUGUUGGAGAUGCACGUGCUGAAGUUUCAGUUAUUCAAGAUGUACAUACAUGUCUCUUUGAAGAUAUGGAAAGUAAAUGUAGAUUCGUUACCGAAGGCUUGCAUCUCAAGUAUGGUUUCAUGCAAGAAAUUUAUGAAGUAAUGUUGAAAGAUACUAUCGACAGUGUUCAAGCUUCUAAGGGAUUGGAAAUAGAAGAAGCAAAUAUCGAGUCAAUCAUGAUGCAAGGGCUACUGGAUAUUAAUCAAAUUAUAUUCAAAGAAGCUUUGGUAGAUGCGGAUAAAGCAUUAAAACUCGAAGCUGCUGAGAACAAUGAACUAAAAUAUGAAAUACUUAUGCUGAAAUCAACAGUGGAAGAAAAGGAGGAUUUAAUACUAGGGGCAACGGAUGCUUUGGAACAAGAAAAGCGAAAGAUGGAAUCUGCCUCUGAAAAGCUUGACAGUUUAAGAGCUAAGACAGAUCAUCAACAUAAAUGGAUUGUGGAGAACUGUAAAGAGUUGGAUGUUACUAAGGGUAAACUAGAUUCAGCAACGAAGGAAAUUGAACAAUACAAGGAGCAAAUGCACAAGUUACAUCAAAAUCUUGAACGAAAAAUGAAUGAGCUUGGUGAAAUUGAUAAAGAAAGAAGAGAACUUUGUGCUGUUACAAAAAAGCAGCAAGAUGCAUUGAAAUGUAUUGAGGCAAAAGAAAGGGAAACCAGGAAGCAAAUGGAAUCAACCAUUAAUCUCGUCCAUAAAUUACUGACAAUGGUUACUGAUGUAGAAGCUAGUGUAAAUGAAGAUAUUUCAAGAAAUUGUUUGAGGCUUGAAAACAUGAGUUCUGAGUUAUGUUUACUCAAGAACAAAGCCGGUGCACUAAAAACGACGGGAUUGGUGUACAAGCAAAGGUUUGAAACACAAAGUUCUAAUCUUGCAAAGGCUGAAGCAGAGGUUGAUCUUUUAGGGGACGAGGUAGAGACUCUUCUUAGACUCCUUGAAAGGAUUUACAUUGCACUUGACCAUUAUUCACCCAUAUUCCAACAUUACCCUGGGGUUAUCGAGAUUCUGGAGCUUGUAAGAAGAGAAUUGACUGGAGAGUCUAGAAAACUUGUUUAACCGCAUGUUCUUGCCAGGUAAUGAGUUGUACAGCUAUUCACAUGAAUUACAUGCAGCUUGUGAUGUGUUGCUGCUGGUAUUUUUGUUCCCCUAAAACACAUAACGACGAAAACAAUAGAAAAGAAUCAAGACCUUAUGCAGUUGCUAACGCGCCUCCGUUUAUUCUACACAUGAAUCCUUUAUACACUUACUAGGAGACACGCCGUGUUCGUUUGGCUCUAGUUUACCAAAAAUUUGCUUUCCCUCUUUGUAAUGCACAGUUGGGUUUUGUUUUUUUUAUACUAGCAAUAGCAUCUGUUUAUGUUAUUUUUGUGAAAUGAGGUUUUCCAUAAUGUGAUGAGUUUUUAAAUGGCUUAUA